AUGGUCUCUGGUGGCUUAGGCUCUCGCCGCGUCAGCAACCUCCAAAACGCCCGUCCCUCCCCAUACUAUGGUGGUGCUGGAGGCUUGAUGGGGCCCUCCAAAACUUUCGCAUCCCGCAUUCGGUCCAGUUUCCAUCAGCAAUCAGGCCAUAAACGAUCUCGGACAGCUCAUACUGCGAAACGGCUCGCGAAGCACAAAGCAGCGGGGAAGACCGGAACAAGCAAGGCAGGCCAGGCGAAACCGAACUUCGAGUUCAAUGUCACCUCCGUAGGCGCGCCUCCAGAAAUGGCCGACAUCGAAAUGGGCGACGCCACCACAUCGGAACCAGCAAUGUCGCGAAGUACAAAACGAUAUCGCUUUCCCCGAGAGCUACGGCGCCCACCUGUGAAGGAGAUCCCCAAGGAAACGCUGUUGAAGAUUGACCCAGAGUUGCAUGAUGUCGAUGUUGAGUAUGUUCGUGACUGUGUGGAGGAUAUGGGUGUUGGGUUGCUCAGAACAGCGUUAAAUAUCAAGCUUGAUACACCCAAAGAUGCUCUUCCGCCAUCCAUCACCGUCAAGCUCAACCUCGAUCCCACAACGGCACAAUAUCCUCCGCCAACACAUAUGCUCGCCAUCCAUACCAACACCCAGACUGCCGCUCCUCGACGAAUAACCCUUGUGCCAUGUCACAGUAUGGUUCUCGCGCUUCAUUGCGCCAACCUCCCGCCGUUCGCCGAACUUGGCUCGAUCCCGCUAUACUUCCCGGGUGAUGACUCCUCAGUCACAUUGCCCGUCCAGCCUCUCCGUGUACCCCACCCCCCUACUUUCGCUCCUCUGACAUCGUUCUUAUACACACAACGGACGGAACCUCUGCUGAAAUCGCUGUUCCCCAGCCCUCCACCAUCCGAGCUUCAAGUUGUGACCAGCGACAGCAGCCGUCAAUUCGCGAGCCAUCUCGCACAGACCUAUACCCCUCAGGCUUUGCUGACCCACGCUCUACGCGUCCAUGGGCUCUGGCAAAACACCGUGGCCCUUGGAGUCCACACCGACGAGCUCUGGGACGCAAUCGACCUCGCAUGGGAGAUCCUUUUGACCGCCAUCGGUUUCGCGACCGGCACAGAGAUCGAUUUGCUGACGCCUCCAACGCCCGACGAACCCACUUCACUAACGUCCUCACCUGUACCUGCACCGACCCUUACUACGCCUGCGAUCGAGACUGCUGACCCAUAA